ACAAGUUUCAGGCAUAAUUUUAUUUUUUGGGUUCUUAUCGGUUUUAAUCAAUUCUUCAUAUUUAAUUUCAUCACUUGUAGUAGGAUAAAUAAUUUGACCUUCGUUUUUAUUCAUUUCAUUAGCUUCGAUAAUUUCAUUAUCUACUUUGAUAGUUUGAUUACGAGUUGA